ACACACACACACACACACACACACACACACAGAGUUAAGCCGCUCCCAUCAUGAGGUGACCCACACAGACAGUUUCUCAAACUGUGUCAUACACCUUGUUUCUCUCCAGGCUACUCUCACUCUCCAUCUUGCUCUCCCCCGUCUCUCUUUUGCUUACAUACGGACACUGUUUUGUAAAUCAUGUCUCAGAGGCAGACCAAGCUAACUCAGAACCCUUUAGAGAAGAUUUGGAUUCCCUCCAUGAGUAGCAAGCUGUACCGACGUAGAGGGUCGUCCGUCCCUCAGUUCACUAACUCUCCUACUAUGAUUGUGAUGGUGGGGCUGCCUGCUAGAGGGAAGACCUACAUCUCCAAAAAGUUAACCAGAUACCUCAACUGGAUAGGAGUUCCCACUAAAGUCUUUAAUGUAGGUCAAUACCGGCGGGAUGCGACCCAGUCCUAUAAGAGCUAUGAGUUCUUUAGACCUGACAACCAAGAGGCCAUGAAGAUACGCAAGGCCUGUGCCAUUGCGGCUCUGAAGGAUGUGUGUGCCUACUUCAUGCAGGAACAAGGACAGGUGGCAGUGUUUGAUGCCACCAACACCACUAUAGAACGUAGAGAAGUCAUUCUCAGCUUCGCCAAGGAGAACGGAUACAAGGUCUUCUUCAUAGAGUCGUUGUGUGACGACCCAGAGAUCAUUGCCGAGAAUAUCAAACAAGUGAAGCUGAGCAGUCCAGACUACGCGGGUUGUGAUAAAGAGGAGGCGGUCGCUGACUUCCUCAAGAGGAUUGAGUGUUACAAAGUUACAUACAUAUCCCUGAACGAUGAGAAGGACAGGAGUCUGUCAUAUAUAAAGAUCUUUAAUGUUGGCAGCAGGUAUCUGGUGAACCGUGUGCAGGACCACAUCCAGAGUCGUAUUGUUUAUUACCUGAUGAACAUACAUGUAGCGCCGCGGUUCAUUUACCUGACCCGCCACGGAGAGAGUGAACUCAACCUUGUGGGACGCAUUGGAGGAGACUCUGGCCUGUCCCCACGCGGUAACAAGUUUGUCACUGCUCUAGGAGGGUACAUACGUAGCCAGUGUAUCAGAGAUUUGAAGGUGUGGACCAGCCACAUGAAGAGAACCAUCCAGACAGCUGAGGGUCUGGGAGUCCCCUACGAACAGUGGAAGGCCCUCAACGAGAUAGACGCAGGUGUGUGUGAGGAGAUGACCUACGAGGAGAUCCAAGACCACUACCCAGAAGAGUUUGCACUGAGAGACCAAAACAAGUACCGUUACCGCUACCCCAAGGGAGAGUCGUAUGAGGACCUGGUGCAACGUCUGGAGCCGGUGAUCAUGGAACUGGAGAGACAGGAGAAUGUUCUGGUGUUAUGCCACCAGGCUGUCAUGCGCUGUCUGCUAGCUUACUUCCUUGAUAAGAGUGCAGCGGAGUUGCCAUAUCUGAAGUGUCCUCUCCACACGGUGCUAAAACUCACCCCAGUUGCUUACGGUUGUAAGGUUGAGUCCAUCUUCCUCAACAUUGAAGCAGUCAACACACACAGAGACAAACCAGUGAAUGUUGAUGUGGACAGAGAACCAGAGGAGGCACUACUGACAGUCCCAGACCACAUAUAGAGGAGGAGAGGAGAGGAUGAGAGGAGGAGAGGAGAGCUACGAUAUUGCGACACAAUACAGGGAGAACCAAUGAAGAGACACCAUUGCCGUAGAGACUGAAGUGCAGCAAUAAGAGAGACUGCUGGGAAAUGGAGUUUAAAGGACCAGACUACAUUAACCCUACACUACAAUUCUCUGUCUAAACGGUGCUAGAAAACAAUGCAACAUCUCUCUCAGUAGAACCCUGUUAGUGACAGUAGAAUGAAGUGAAUUCAAUAAUUUUUCUGUCUGUGUUUUAGGAUCAUGUAGUCUGUCUGUGCGUUAGGAUCAUGUGUCUGUGUAUUAGGUUCAUGUGUCUAGCGGCAGGGUAGCCUAGUGGAUUGAGUGUUGGACUAGUAACCAGAAGGUUGCAAGUUCAAACCCUUGUGCUGACAAGGUACAAAUCUGUCCUUCUGCCCCUGAACAGUUAACCCACUGUUCCUAGGCCAUCAUUGAAUAUAAGAAUUUGUUCUAAAGAUAAAAUCAAAUAAAUAAAUUGAUGUUGUCCAGGAUUUCCCAAACUUGGUCCUCAAGAACCCAAGGGGUGCAAAUUUUGGUUUUUGCCCUAAACAGCUGAUUCAAAUAAUCAACGAAUUAUCAAGCUUUGAUCAUUUGAAUCAGUGUUAGGGCAAAAAACAAAAUGUGCACCCCUUGGGGUCCUGAGGACCAUGUUUGGGAAACGCUGAUAUAGUCUAUCAGGAUAAUCUAGUCUGUCUAUGUGUUAGGAUCAUGUAGACUGCAUGUGUGUUAGAAUCAUCUAGUCUAACCAUCAUCAUCAUACACUGGUUUAAUUCUGCGCUCUGGUCUGGUCCAUAUUUCCAUGCGUGUCCAUGUGUGUUGUUAGCAUGUAAGUGUGUGUUGUUUGCAAGUGGUGUGUCAUGUAAAAGGUGUGACUGAUUGAGGCUGGGAUUCAUUCUGAGGUGCGUUGUAGAGCGCUUGACAUAUAAAGGUAAUUUCUGAUUACCUUUAAUUUAGAAAUCUGCAGUUUUUACCAUCAAUGUGAUAUCCACGGGAUGAGCAAAAUUGCCUUUAAAAUGGUGCAUGGUGGACAGCGCUCCCCUUAUGGAAAAAACACAUGAACUCACAUGUGACAUUGCAUAUGUGAAAUUGUGUCACAUGUGAUGAUGUGGAUUUUCACAUCGAAUCAAAUUUUGUUGGUCACAUACACAUAUUUAGCAGAUUUUAUUGUGGGUGUAGUGAAGUGCUUGUGUUGCCAGCUCAAACAGUGCAGUAAUAUCAAACAAUUCACAACAACACACACAAAUCUAAAAUAAUGGAAUUUAUAAAUAUGAUGAGGAGCAAUGUUGGAGUCUGGAGUGUGUGUGUACUGUAUAUACACUUCUUUUCCUACAUAAUUUGCAAAUAAAUUCAUUAAAAUUC